AUGGUCAGGAUGAGUACGCUCGUGAGAGCUGACAAAAGCAGAGACUCCACCUUCGUGAAUGUAACCUCCGACUCCAAUUUCUUCCUAUCCCAACCUGCAAUCUGGGAUUACGGCAUGAGCGCUGGAGAGCCUCAAUUCCCAACCAUAGCAGGCAAGAAAGCAACGAUAAUUGUGUAUGAGCCCGUAGACGAUGCUGAUGGCAUGCUCUCUCCCAUACACAAAGCCUGCCUCGAUAUCCUCCAACGAUUAUGUCAGAUCCGUCAAGCGCAGAACGAAGCUUCCGCUUCGGAAGAACCAAAAACGCUUGACGCUUUUUGCGAUGCCUUACGUCAGCGGAGGUGGAGGAACUUUACUGAGCCAGAUAAGUCAAUAAGUGAGGAUUACUAUUACGCCAAGUCUGGCGGGAUAGAAUGGCUGCGUAACUACUACGGUGCAAGAACAUUCUGGGCUGAUCAAUGGGAUACGGAGCAAUGUACAGAGGCCAGGGACCGCCUUCUUGCUGAAUUCUUACUAUUAUCUGCUGUUAUGCGCCGACCCUUCGCGCCUGACUCCCUACCUCCUCUCCGAGUUCCCCAAGUUACCAUCGACACCUACAGCACAAACAGUGUCCAAAGAUCAAGUCGCCGAUCGUCUUGGCUGGCUGUUUCCGGAGGAGUCGAUGCAAUAAUAGGCAACGACACAGGGUGUGACGACUGGGAGCAAAGCAUAGAAGCAUUAGUUCAGAAAGCGAACAUGAUGAGUGCUGACGAAGGUGGAGUGGAAGAAGGGAACAAGCAACUUGCCUCUGCACCACUUGGAUUGAAAAAUCGAUGGAGGAUUUGGAAGAUCCUACAAGGCAUUGAGUUCCGACAAGACCUUUGA